GUCGGUCAGGAAUAGCUAUAAACCCAAAACCGUUUGCUGUUUGUUCUUCGUUUGAAUGAAGUUUGGAAAGUAGCGAAGUUUGCAGCAUUUGUUGGUGGCUGUUCGUGUGUGUAUGAAGUGAAAUUUGCAGAAAAUUCUUUGUUUGUGUGAACUGGAAACAAUGGCAUUGCCGGCAGAAAAAGUCGUGGAGCUCAAACAAAUCAUUCAUAAUCAGAUGAAUCAGGCAAAUAUUCAUGACCAGAUCAAAGACAUUAUUUCACAAAGUUUAAACAGGCAGGACCCCGGCCCAAGCGAUGAAAAUUUUGACAUCACAGAAGGACAAAUAUUAAGUGACCUGAAACGAAGAGGUGUUGUUGAGGAUAUUCUGUCUAAGCUUCAAGUCAGUUCACCUAUGUAUUCUGACCACUAUAAACCAGCCACCCAUGAGCCUUCAGCAGAUGAGUAUGCACGUUCAAAAGUUACAAGUAAAGCAGCUGUGAAUCCGACCCGAAGGUACAUUUAUUUUCAUGUUUUAGCUGGUAAAGCUUUUCUGGAGCAUGUGAAUGCAACAGGUGGUGCAGGAUGUUCCAUGUUCAAGUUACACUUGCAUUUUCGUGGGCAGCGAUUUUCUUCAAACCCAGUUCCAGUUGCAUGCGAGCCUAAUUUAAACGAGGCAUUUCUUCUGGAGUUGCAUUCUCCAGAUGCUGGAGAGUCAUCUGCAAUGAUGAAUGUUGAGAACAUGCUUUCUAUUUGUGAUCCUGUGCAUUUAGUGCUGACCAAACAUGAUAAUGAUGGAACUUCUUCCCUUAUAUCCUCCCACAGUUUUGAAUGGAGAGAAAUUUUGACUGAAAAAUGUGGCCAGGUUCGAAAAACCAUUGAAAUGAUGGGAGUUGGUGCUGAAUGUAAAGUUCCAGCUGGUAUUAUAGAUGUCAGUGUAGAACUUGUACCACCUGUGAAGAAUGUAUUGCUGCCCGAUAUUUUAGAUGCACAACUGCAAUUAGAGAGACAACGUGCUGCAGAGAGAGAUCGUCUCUUUGUUGUUUAUGCAAAGCAGUGGUGGAAGGAAUACUUGGAAAUACGAUCCGAACACGAAACAAGACCGGUCAAAAUAUUUUCUCAAGAUGAAACUGGGGUAAAUCGCCUUGUGUGUUCUUAUGUUUCUCCCCUGCAAGCUGGUAGGCUGAUCACAAGUCCUAAAAUGGCUGCGCGCUUUGUGAGCGCUAUUCCAUGUGAGAGCAAUUCUUUUGGUGGUGCUGGUACCAAUGCAUCUAAUUGGCAAACCACUCAUUCAUUUCUCUGUGCAAAGAAAGGUAGUUCUGAAGAUCACAGCAACUUACUGUGUAGUUUACUGCUCGGAUUUGGCCUUGAAGCCUAUGUUUGCAGUGGUAAAAAGUCAAAUAAGGCUGUUUGUACUUGGGUUAUGACCAUUCACUGUGACGGGAAGGUUUAUUUUUGGGACUCUACCACUGGUCAAAGAUAUACACAUCAAAGAGUUGACCCAAAUGACCCACCUGCCACCAAACAACCCACAAACAAACACCCAUUCAAGUCAAUUGGUUGUGUGUACAACAAUGAGCAUUUCUAUGCCAACAUACAACCUUUGAACAUUGUAGAUACAACUAAAUUCAACCUUCGAAAUACCUCACUAUGGAAAAGCAUGCCAACAGAUGCGAUUACAUCAGUUUCUGGAAACCUGUACCCAAGCAUCUGUAGCCCUUUACCGAAUCUCAAACCCCCCUCCUUAGAUCCCGCAUUAAUGAGUAAUACUUUAGAAGUUUCCCUAAAGGCUCAAGUCUUGAUGCACCGAAAGCAUUUGGAUUUGUCAACUGAAUGGGACAACCACCUGAGUUACAUUCUAACAUCAUCACUUGGCAGUUAUGAAAUUGAACAACAAACUGGGAUUCUUAACGCAGGAAAUGAUGACUUUCAAGACGCAGUACGUCGAUCUGUUCCUGAGGGCCACACAUUCAAAGGCUUCCCUGUUCAAUUUCUUCAUCGUGACCCAAGCAGAAUAAUCUCUUCUUGUCUCAAAAACACAAUAUGUUCUGAGAUAAUUGAAUGUCGUGGAGACCGUGUGCGUUUAGCUGUACGUGUUUUGGUUUCUUUGUUUCCAGAUGAUGUUUCUGCUACUUGGGUUAUGUUCGCAUGCACGUACAAAUCGGUGUUAUAAACUUUGGAAUCUCAGACAUUAAUCCACCAUAUAUUAUAUUUCCCAAAGGUUGUUUACCAAAUAUGUGCAGUAUAAUGUUAGUCUGUAUGACUCCAUAGUUUCACAUUCCUUCAUAUUAACAAUACCAUUCUUUAUGUUGCUGCUAUUAUUAUAGAUAUAGUAGAAUAUUUGCGUAAUGCAUUAUUUAAUUAUUGAUUUAUUGUUGCUACUUUUUUAUUCUAACUUUUUCUAGUUCAGUAGCUUAUAUUUGCUUCACUUUUGUAGUAAGUUUUUUAUUUUCCUAAAAA